AAUUUUCAAUGAAAUGUAACGAGUGGUAAGGUAAAUGUUGUUUUCAAUAAUACGUUUAUGAUAACGGUCAAACAAGAGUGGGAAUUUCCCGUGGAUUUUUACUGUGCCCUAAAAUAAAAUAUGAUGGAUGAUUUUUCUGCAGUCAAAAAUAUUUCAGUGGAUUGAAAAAUAUAAACCCGCACAUAAUUAUGGUGUUAUGCUUAGUGGUUCAGGAAAUGAUGAUAUUUAUGUAUAGUGUUUAUAACUACUGUAUGAAUGUAAUUAGGAAUUAAAAAACUACAAAUACCAAAUUAAAGUAAAAAAAAACUAUCACAAGAAAUAAUCGGCAUUUGAAUUAUGCAUCAUUGUAUGUUUAAAAACUUAAACUCACCUAUUACAAUGUUGAAUCAGAGUUAGGAUUUACUGAAGUUGUUCAACCAUCACAUUGCAUCUGGCACAUAAAUUUUAUACACAUACAUGUAUUUAUCAUAAAUCUACAAAUGUACUAAUUAUUGUAUUAAUGUGUGGAUGAAUCUCAAAUUUGUACACAAAAGUCAUAUCGAUAUAUAUUAAUCAUGAGAAUCCAGGCUACUCUUAGUGUUGUAUUUCUUAGUAACUAAUUUCCGGGACGAAUAAUUUGGUACGAGCGGAAGUGAUAACGAAGCUGAAUUAGGCGCGGACGUUUAGACUUCAAAAUUCACGAUUCAGUUAUUUUCUCGGUGGUAUCAUAGUUGGAAACAGUAGGGACCUUCGCGGUGGUAACAGUGUUUGAAAUAGUACAAGUAGGGAUCUCCUCGGUGGCCAUUUCUUCAGUGGUGUAAAUACGCAUCCAUCCUGUUGAAUAGCCGAAAGUGGUGUGACGCAUUAUAACUAAACAAUUAGAUAACUGGUUGAUACAAGUGUGUAAUGAUUGGAAAUGGAAUCACGAUGACAUGUGAUCAAAGGCGGACGCUGGCCUUCUGCUGUACAUGAGUGUCAUUAGAUAAACUACACACAGAAGCUGAAAUUGAAACUGUGUGCGUCCUUUUGCAUUUAUAAUGGAUGUCAAAUCGGGAUGCGUUAAUUGUAAUAAGGAGUUUGAAGUAACAGGAAAAGGAUACAAAAGGACAUUUUUAGUUUCUGAUAAAAGAAGUGAAAUAGACAUAAAAGGAGUGCUAGAAAUUGACAUACCACCAAAAUUUCCAAAGAGAGAAAGCCGAUUUGUGUGCACAGAAUGCGAUAAGUUGUUAAAAUCUGCUAUAGAAGGUCAUCGUGCGAAAGAAGAAUUAAUGAAACGUACAGAUGAGUCUUCAUAUAUUUCAAGAAAAAGGAAACUUGAACUGUCGCCACACUGUUCUUCAAAGAUACCAAGAAAAUCCCAGACAGCCACCACAUCAAGGAAGAAAUCUAAUGGAGCUAAAUACUUCGCUAGUUACAGAUACAAACAAGGCUUCAAGUUCUACAUGAAAUCAAAAGCCGCUGUGCAAGCAAUGAGGUCAAUCCUGCGCAAAGAGACAAGGAAAGGAAUGAAGAAACUGGUUAAGAACGGACAGUUACCAAAUGCAGGGUCACUAAGUGUAGAGUCUUUCAGUAAGAUGUCAUUUUCAAAACUGCUAGAGGAAGUGAAAACAUCUGCACCCUUCUUGUAUGACACAGUUCUUGCGUCCUUGACUGAAAGUUCUACUGGGGAAAACUUACGAGUAAACAGUGAACUUGUCCCGAUUAUCGGAAGCAUUAUCUCCAUUAUAAUUGGCACAGUGUCGCCCAGAAAAGCAUCGUUGUUUCAAAAAAUGAACGCUGUCCAGAUGUGGCGUGCGGGCUCCAAAAGUUCGUUAUUUCAGAACUUUAAGCGUCUGGGGUUCUCUGUCAGCGAAAAGACAUUGCUAUCUAGCCUCGAUGUAUUGCGAAGAUCUUUCGAUACAAAGCUUUUAAUAUGGAAAGCUGAGUUACAGGACUAUAUUUCUCCGCCUGGAGUUCAAGCAGCGUCAUCUGUUCAAGAACUUCAUACUGUACAUUCUUCUACUGAGAUUCUGGAAUCUGAAACCAGAAAUGCUUCUUCGACAUCUGAUGCGGAAAGUGAUAAAGAGCAGGAAGAUGUAAGGGAAGAAGAUGAAGAAAGAGACAAAGCUGAUAAGACUAUCCAAUACAGUGCCACUAUUGUCCCAAGAGGUUAUACAAUAUGUUUGGACAACGUUGGAGAACAGGUGACAGCCAGGCACCACACAAGAAACCAGGGAAACAAAGACAAAAGCCGGGCGCUUGCAUAUGUAGCUAAAAACAGAAUACAAACUACACAUUUUGAUGACGAGGAAAGCGUCGCAGCUUCAGAAAUACCAACUGAGAGUUUCUUUGUGACCAACGCUGAAGCAGGACUAGUAAGGGAGGAGAUGGUUUUAAUGGUGCAACGAAUAAUUACAGAGUACCUGUCACUUUUUCAGCCUCUUAAAGAUUCCGUUUUGGAAAGCAGACACAUGUAUGAGACAGAGAGUGCAGGAAAAAGUGAACUGUUUAACAUAGGUGUAAUCAACGAAAACCCAUCAACAUGUGAUGGCGUAAUAAACAUUAUGGAACAACUUCACAAGUAUGUGCCAGUAAAGGCAGACGGCAGUCCAUUCAGAAUUUUAACAUGGGGCGAUGGACUAUCCUGUGAAAGGCACGUUGAUGCACAAAAUGCAAGAGCAAAUGGUGCUGACCUAUUUGCAAAGCUGCAAGGCCUAGAACCGGCUGCCCAAGAGUUCCACAAGAGAAUGAUUCUCAUGCAGGACACGAUGGAUAAGUUAUAUUCUGGGAAGAGUGCAUCUGAGAAAGGAACACUAAGUCAGUUAAAAAAUUUGUUUAACCAACGUUCUGUGAAGAGGAAUGUGUCAGAAUCCUUUGACAACGUGUCCGAUUUUUUGAAGUUUGUCACAGAAGGGUAUGUAGUGUUGUUUGCCUUGGACAUGAUGGAUCUUGAUGGUAUCAGCCAUGUUCCUGCUGACUUAGAUUAUAAUACUUUGGAAAAUGAGCUACAAAGGAUAACUCAGGUGAUUGUAAACACAGUCUGGAACAAUAUAUCAAAAGUUCCAGUCGAAGAGACAGACGCUGAUGACUGCGAGUACUGCAUAUGUAAAGAAGAAAUAGACGAUUGUACAUUGAUAGAAUGUGAAAACGAAUCUUGUGAAUUUGGACAAUGGUUCCAUUUGGAUUGUAAAGGUCUUGAUGAAGAUGAUCUACCCGAGACAUGGUAUUGUUGCCACGAGUGUGAGCUCUGUGCAGAUAAAGCUGCUGAAGACAUUGAUGGGAAGUUUGAGUACGUAAAGACUGUAAUCUGGCGGGGACUUUCUGACAUGAUACGGCGUGAUGCCGUUCGAAAGAACAAUGGGCCAAUGAUGGCAUUGUACUGGAAGGUUGACAUGUUAGAAUUCGCUAGGUACAACCACACUCAGGACCUGAUACUGGCCCAUAGGCUUAUAGCCAGUUUGAGUGGUUUCUUACCAGAACGCUUACGUCAGGACCUGCUUUGGAACAGAACUGUCAAUCUUCAUGGAGGGAGGGGAAAUAAUGAAGAGGCAGAUCUCGUAAAUGAAUUUCUCAACAUUGAGAAAGAAAGUCCUACAACUCAGCUGACCCUGGAACGCCACAGAAAACUUAUGGGGGGAUUGGGGUCAGUCAUUGAUGGGGUAUACAGACAACUGACCAAUGUUGUAAAAAAGCCAGGAAAGGAUACUACUCCAAAAAGAAUCGAAGACAUCCAGCUUUUUGUUGAGUUUCUAAGGGAUGAAGAGCUUACACUGGAGAAAAAGGGGCGAAGUUUCAAAUCGUUUCCCAAGACAAGAAACGUUUUGAACGUGGACAUAACAAAAUUGUGCAAGAAAAUAAAAUUGUUUUCUGAAAAGCUUGACAGAGCAAAACGUGUAGCUCAAAUUCAUUGACAUGGUGCUUCGAAGAUCUCUGUUUGAUCCGUGGCCUAGGUCUGUCAGUGUUACUGUUCUAAAGGAAUGAGAUUCUGUGACUGUUGAACUUUAUGAUGGCAGACCAGGCAGAUGACCCAAUGGGAGUAGCUGAUGCCUAUGCUGUACAGUUCUUUGGUUUCCUUCCGCAGUCCUUACUUAAUGGCA